AUGUUAUUUGUUGGUAAUCCAUAAUAACAACUUGUACAUUAAUUAUAAUUUGGACCUGAACACAAUAUACAUGAUGGAUAACAUCCUUGUGGUUUAGAGAAAUAGAUAUUUCUGACUGAAACUUGUCCUUAAUUUGUAUUAAAAGAGCUAAUCUAAAAUUUAUCCAAACUAUUGGUUCCUGUGGAACGAAAAGUAAAAUUCAAAGUUCUAAUCUCAUAUGGAGAGCUAUUACAAAAUCCAGUUGUAAAUGAAUAAGUUGUGGGGGAAGUGUACCUAUAAGUAUAUGAAAAUGCUCCAAACGUAAACUAAAAAUAUUCAGCUGACCACGUACUCUGAAAAUAUAAAUCCAUAGAUAUCCAAAGAUCAUUUGAUAAACUCAAAAAAUAGCCACAUUAAGCAGACGGAAAUGAAUUACUUAAGGUAAUAUAACUUGUGGCAGGUGUUGUACAAGUGAUAAAUCCUGCAGUAGUGGAGCUUGAAGGCAAUUUAAACCCUCCAGAGCACUCUUGUGCCCAAGACCCAGUAUAAUGAGUAAAUAUCUAAUCAUUAGUUAACUUACUAAAAUAGAAUUCCCAUUACGAAUUUGAAAAAACAAACUAGGCAAAAAUGAUAGAAAUUGUUAAUAUAAACAUAAAAUAAAUUUA